AUGCAGAUCUGUAGAAUUUGUUACUUCUUGUAAAUUUGCUAGGAUGAUUAUGCAGAUCUAUCAAAUAUGGGGAAAAAAUUCGGCAACCUCACCGAGAUUCUGCUAUCCCUGCCAGAUUGCGUCUGAAAGACUAAAGAGGUGCCUCCAGGACACAGAGUGGCUGCUCUCAAGUCAACGCAUUCUCAAGGUGCGGUACCCCCGAUUGGAAGUGUCGGAAGACUGCCUGUACCUUAACAUCUAUGCGCCGGCCCACGCAGACAUUGGCUCCAAGCUCCCCGUCAUGGUGUGGAUCCCCGGGGGCGCCUUCCAGACUGGCUCAGCCUCCACCUUCGAUGGGUCUGCCCUGGCUGCCUACGAGAAUGUGCUGGUUGUGACGACCCAGCACCGGCUGGGAAUAUUUGGCUUCUUCAACACAGGGGACCAGCACGCUCCUGGGAAUUGGGCCUUCAUGGACCAGCUGGCCGCCCUAACCUGGGUCCAGAAGAACAUCGAGUCCUUUGGUGGGGACCCACACUCUGUGACCAUCUUCGGCGAGUCAGCGGGAGCCAUAAGUGUGUCCAACCUUGUUCUGUCCCCCAUGGCCAAUGGCUUAUUCCACAAAGCCAUCAUGGAGAGUGGAGUGGCCAUCAUGCCUUUCAUGAAGGCCCCUGAUGAAGAGAGAAAUGAGGAUUUGCAGGUGGUUGCGGACAUCUGUGGUUGCAGUACAGCCGACUCAGAGGCCCUGCUGCAGUGCCUGAGGGCGAAGCCCUCCCAGGAGCUGCUGAGAAUCAACAAGAAAACCAAGUCUUUCACUCCAGUGGUCGAUGGUUUUUUCCUUCCUGAUGAGCCCAUAACCCUAUUGACUCAGAAAGCGUUCAAUCCAAUUCCUUCUAUCAUCGGAGUCAAUAACCACGAGUGUGGCUACCUGCUGCCUAUGAGCGAGAUUCCUCAGAUCCUUGGGGGCUCCAACAAGUCUCUCGCCCUGCACUUGAUUCACACCAUCCUGCACUUCCCCACCCAGUAUCUAUACCUUCUGGCUGAUAAAUACUUCCACAACAAGCACUCCCAGUUUGAGAUACGAAAUCGUUUUCUGGACUUGCUGGGAGAUGUGUUCUUUGUGGUCCCUGGGCUGGUCACAGCUCGCUGUCACAGAGAUGCUGGCGCACCUGUGUACUUCUACGAGUUUCAGCACCGGCCCCAGUGUUUCAAUGACACGAAGCCAGCUUUCGUCAAAGCCGACCACUCUGAUGAAAUUCGCUUUGUCUUCGGAGGUUCCUUCCUCACGGGCGACAUUGUCAUGUUCGAAGGAGCCACAGAGGAGGAGAAAUUGCUGAGCAGGAAGAUGAUGAGAUACUGGGCCAACUUUGCUCGGACCGGGGACCCUAAUGGGGGAGGCCUGCCUCUGUGGCCGGUCUAUGAUCAGAUGGAGCAGUACCUGCAGCUGGACUUGGACCUCAGCGUGGGACAGAGACUGAAAGAGCAGGAUGUGGACUUUUGGACGAAGACUGUCCCCCUGACAAUGUCCACUUCCGGAGUGCUCCACUCUCCUCUUUCCUCCUUAAUCUUCCUUUCUCUGCUCCUGCCUUUCUUUUUCUCUUUUGCUCCUUGAGAAGUUAUCUUUAUAUGAUUCUGGUUAUCCUUCUCCUUCUAUAAUUUCUCUCGCCACCUUUGACUUCAUUCUGUUUUUAGCUACUUUAUGGAAUCACGUGCUUUAGCUGAUCUUUUACCAACUUGGGGAUGAUCCUUAGGGAACGGUUUUCAACAUCAAAAAAUGCAAUUUGCCCUGAAGGCUGCCAGAUUUCUUCAAGAUAUGAUAACGACCUUGUUAUGCCUAUGAAAUAAAAUCAGAAUGUAAAACGGAUACAGGAAUAGAAUUUAAUUCUGGGCUGAAAACUCCAGCUCCCACCCCAGCGUCCAAGCUGAAGUGGACUGUCUACCAGAGAAGGUGUCAGUGUGUGUUA